AAGAGCGAUCGAGUGCACGAACCGUUCACAAACGAGAAUUGUUUAGCUAGUGUUAGCCUCUCUAAUGACGUCAUUAGAAAAAGAAAGGAUUUAACGUAACCUUAACACGGCUAUGACCUACUUGGUCUGUCGGUCACACACUGUAGCUACCGUCCCUACAGAAAUAACCCAACCCAUUUUUAUAACUAAGUUUAGGUGUGUAGGCGUCGGGACAGACAAAAUGUGGCGGGAGAUCGUCCCUCGUCAUUGACGUCGCGAGUCGAAAACUUAGUCCACUCGAUCGCUUUAACGGGACAUGGCAGACACCAGGAACACUUUCUUAUUGCUGUUUUUCGUCGUCUACGUUGUUACUAAUGCCACUCGCGAUCAUUCUCUCCAACAAAUCGUGGAUUUUCUAUCGCGAUUUGGCUACUUAUCGUCUUCGAAAGAUGCUUCGGAAUUGAGGAGCGACAGCGAAUUGAGGAAAGCGAUAUUGAGGAUGCAAAUGUUCGGUAACGUUCCUCAAACGGGAGUGAUCGACGAUGCCACUCUGUCCCUACUGAACCGAAAGAGGUGCGGAGUAUCGGACGGGAUCGGCAAUUGGAAUCGCAACAAGAGAUACGCCAUUCAAGGUCAAGCUUGGGCCACUAACAAUUUGACUUGGAGUUUGCAGGGCGGGGUGAAGAACAUGAACGGGAGCACCAUUCGUAAACAAUUGAUCAGAGCUUUCGAGAUCUGGAGCGAAGCUUCGAGCCUCGUGUUUCACGAAGUCAACUCCUCGAAGGCGGACAUCGUGAUCGAUUUCCCACGUGGAUCUCACGGAGACGGAUACCCCUUCGACGGACACGGUUCCAUUUUGGCUCACGCAUUCUUCCCGGGAGACGGAAUCGGGGGCGAUGCUCAUUUCGACGCAGACGAGAAGUGGGUGGUAGAAAUUCCCCAUCCCGAAAGUGACGAAGUCAAUUUUUUUGCUGUGGCCGCUCACGAACUAGGACAUUCUUUGGGGCUCUCCCAUUCUUCUGUUCCAGGUUCUUUAAUGUUUCCUUAUUAUCAGGAGAUUAAAGACGAUUAUAAAUUGCCCCAAGACGAUGUUUCCGGCAUCGAAAAACUUUACGGUCCCAAGUCUCGGAAGAAAUGGAAACAGACCACAACUAAAGCACCCCCUAAAAUGCAAACUUCGACAGUUUCGUCUCGCUCUACGGAAUCGUCGCAGAACAAUCGCGUGCCGGAUCGAUGCAAUACCACAUUCGAUGCCAUUUCCGUCAUCAGACGGGAAGUGUUCGUCUUUAAGGGAAAGUACUUCUGGAGGCUUCAUCGUCACAAGGUGCGACGGGGUUAUCCGGUGCGCAUCGAUCGAUUCUGGUACAACCUCCCCGAAAAUCUAAAGAGGAUAGAUGCCGUUUACGAACGCCCCACGGACUCCAAAAUAGUGUUCUUUUCCGGGAAUAAGUAUUGGUUGUUCGAUGCCAAUCAACCCGAACCCGGUUACCCUCGACCUCUGACCGAUUUGGGGUUGGCCGCAAACAUUCGAAAAAUAGAUGCUGCCAUGGUUUGGAGUCAUAACAAGAAAACUUAUUUUUUUUCGGGUCGUCGUUAUUGGAGAUUCGACGAGGAUCGAGGUAAAGUCGAAUCCGACUACCCACGUGACAUGUCCGUAUGGAGAGGGAUACCUUACAAUAUCGAUGCAGCCUUUCGAUGGACAGACGGUAAUUAUUUUUUAAAUUUCGCAACAUUUUUCGAUACUUUGCGCCAGACCUUAUAUCCCACACGAAGGGGUUAAGUCGAUUUAAUUUUCUGUUUUAAUAAAACAUUUAUAUAGGCUACAUUGAAUUGAAAGUUUUAGUAAAAAGGCUCUCCUUUGACUGCAUUAAAUUAAUAUAUUUACAUAAAAUAAGAUAAAAAGUUAAUAGUAGGUAACUGAAUAAGCACAAAAUAAUAUUUAGAACUUUCUUUUAUAUAAACAAAAGUACUUUAGCUGCUAUAUAUAAGUGUCUUCAGUCAAAUUAUUUAAACAUCUUUUGACUUUUCAAAUAUAGCCCUGUAAUACGCAGUAUGUUUUUAUAAAGCGCAUUCCAGACACGUUAUGUUAUACUUGUAUUCCUCAGUCACUCUAUCGUGAAAAAAUUCAUUACCUUUGUCAGCGGUGAGGAAAAAGAUUAUUCCAGAAUUGACCUUAUACUAAUAAUUAACAAUAAAAACUAAAUGAUAAGAUUGUUGGUCAUUCCUGCAUUAAACUGUCGCCUAAAGCACAAAAAAAUGACAGGACGUUGUGUCUUUUUUCUUUUCUUAGGCCUAUAUUUACUUUUUAUAUAAAAUACGAUUAGAAAGGCUUCGUAUAUCUUACCUGCUAAACUAAACUAACGUACGUUUUGAAUCCUAAUGGUGGUAAGGGAUAGUGACCGAGUUAAAGCUGUUGUAUUCCUUACCAUUGUUUCAGAAGAUAAUUAAUUGCGUUCACUUUGCCAAGUGACUAUCUAUUAAUAUUUCUUUUUGUCUUAUAUUUUGAUUAAUCGUCUUAAUAAUUAUUUUUAAUUUGCUGUAAAUUAAAAACUGUAGUCUGAUAAGUCCUUAAAAUUUACAGCAAAUUAAAAGUAGUUAUUAAGAAGAUUAAUUAUUCGAAUAUGCAAAGUGAUCCAUGAUCCAAAAAGACGGUUUCGAAUAAUUACGGUGGUACCUCAGGAUACGAACGCCCCAGCAUACGAAAUUUUCAGGAUACGA